CUGGCUUCGGUGGCAUCACUGGGCUGGGCAGCCUUGGGAUGGGCUCUGCCAACUUCAUGGAGCUCCAGCAGCAGAUGCAGCGGCAGCUGAUGUCCAACCCAGAGAUGCUUUCUCAGAUCAUGGAGAACCCCUUGGUGCAGAACAUGAUGUCUAACCCCGAUCUCAUGAGACAGAUGAUCAUGGCCAAUCCCCAGAUGCAGCAGCUCAUGGAGCGGAAUCCGGAGAUAAGCCACAUGCUGAAUAACCCAGAGCUCAUGAGGCAGACCAUGGAGCUGGCUCGGAACCCUGCCAUGAUGCAGGAGAUGAUGCGGAACCAGGACCGGGCGCUGAGUAACCUGGAGAGCAUCCCCGGGGGGUACAACGCCCUGCGCCGCAUGUACACCGACAUCCAGGAGCCCAUGUUCAGCGCCGCCAGGGAGCAGUUUGGCAACAAUCCUUUCUCUUCCUUGACGGGGAACUCGGACAGCUCGAGCUCUCAGCCCCUGCGGACAGAGAACAGGGAGCCACUGCCAAACCCCUGGAGUCCCACGCCCCCUGCUUCCCAGAGCCAGGCGCCCAGCAGCGAGGGGAGCUCGGGCUCGGCCACCACCCAAAGCACGCCGACUGUGUCCAACCCCUUUGGGCUGAAUGCUGCUGGCCUUGGGGCUGGCAUGUUUAACAGCCCGGAGAUGCAGGGCCUCCUGCAGCAGAUUUCUGAAAACCCUCAGCUGAUGCAGAACAUGAUCUCUGCCCCUUACAUGAGGAGCAUGAUGCAAACUCUUGCCCAGAACCCGGACUUUGCUGCACAGAUCAUGGUAAAUGUCCCCCUCUUUGCUGGGAAUCCACAGCUUCAAGAACAGCUCCGCCUUCAGCUCCCUGUCUUCCUGCAGCAGAUGCAGAACCCAGACUCCCUCUCCAUUCUCACCAACCCCCGCGCCAUGCAGGCCCUCCUCCAGAUCCAGCAGGGACUCCAGACGCUGCAAACGGAGGCCCCAGGACUAGUGCCAAGCCUCGGCUCCUUCGGCAUGCCUCGAAUGCCCCCGUCCUCCACGGGAGGAAGCACAAUCCCGGAGAACCCCGUUCCCUCCGCUUCGACGCCGGCCAGUGCCUCUCCAGCUGGGGGUGGUAACCCCCAACAGCAGCUCAUGCAGCAGAUGAUCCAGCUGCUGGCCGGAGGAAGCUCUCAAGCGCAGAGUCCCGAAGUGCGAUUCCAACAGCAGCUGGAGCAGCUGAACGCCAUGGGCUUCAUCAACCGCGAGGCCAACCUGCAGGCGCUCAUCGCCACGGGCGGGGACAUCAACGCGGCCAUCGAGAGACUGCUGGGCUCCCAGCCUUCCUAAGCUCUUGGCACGCUGACCUCGGCACACGCAUCCAUACCCAUGCCCAAGGGGAUCUUUCAGGAAAGCCCACCACCAAUCAUGUCCAUAUCCGACAGCUGUCCAUGUAUUUAAAACAAAAAGAUACAGCUUAACCACCCCCCCCCCCCCAACCUUCCUACUAAGUUAAGAUUUCAUGUUGAAAUGCUUUUUAACUGGCUUGUAUGUGGAUUCCAGUUCUCAUCGUGGCCACAGAGACUUCAGAUGUGUAUUUUUUCCUAAAUAUGCCCUGUCUCAGACACUCUUCUCUCUCUCUCUAGAUGGUAGAGGCGAUACUUCUAGUUACUUACCUGAAUGAUUGUGUUUUGAGUAGCUUGAUUUUAACUGUACAUGAUUCCUUCCCCUCACCCUCCCAUCAGGCAAAUAUUUAAAACUCGAGCCAA